AUGAGUCUCAGACUCCGACCAUACGAACCCAGCAUGUCCCCCGAUUUAUCCAUCUCCCAAUCAACCUUGGACUCCGAGUCCCCUCUCUCAUCAGUCGAGAGAUACUCCACAGCGCUGGACGCCCUGAACGCCAGCAACCAUAACCUCGAAUACAAGAUCGCCAAGGUCCAAGCACGAAAUCUGCGCCUCAAGCUCGACCUGAUGAGACUCCAACGGCACAUCACAUCCUUCCAUCACGAUCUCCUGGCCACUUGGGAAGCCGACAUCCUGACGAGCCUUAUCGAGGUCGUUUACCAACGACAAAAUCGGAAACUACACCGGGGGCACGACGUAGACCUAAGAAGGCUCGACCGGAAGGCUCUAUCGACGAUGUAUACCACGGCAGCGGGGAGAAUCGGCAGGAGGGCACUUAGGAGUCUGUUCGGUCUAUCACAGCAUUAUUGGUUAGCAUUGCAGAAGUACGAGGAGAUUGCGCAUCUGCGAAGUACGAGUCCUUCUCGUACAGAGGGAGUCGAACCAGAUUAUGGUGAGCGUGGCAGGGUGGAGUCAAGCUCUUCUAAAGGACUGUCCAAAGCCCAGGCAAGCCCGAAGACCAGCUUGCUGAAAUCAUACAACUGCCAGGCAGCACAUGCUGAAAAACCUGGGAAGAUUCUCGCUGGAAACACCCCCUGGGACCCCAUCUUCUACGCACUCAAGCCGUGA